UGACUUCCGCUGCGGAAGCCGCUGCUGCAUGUAAACAAAGCGGACCGAUCAGAUGGAGAUCAGCUCCGUUUAAUCAAUUAUACAAUCAAUAAAGUCGAUCAGACGGAUCCAGAGCCGAGAGUCCGGGUCAUGGAGUUCCACAGAGACUGAACCGGAACCAGCAACAUGUCCAUGGAAGACCCGUUCUUCGUCGUUAAGGGUGAAGUACAGAAAGCAGUGAACGCAGCUCAGAGCCUCCAUCACAGAUGGAGCGAGCUGCUGCAAGAGGGAGGCGGAGCCUCCAAGGAGGAAAUGGACUGGACAACCAAUGAGCUGAGGAACAGUCUGCGCUCCAUUGAGUGGGACCUGGAAGACCUUGACGAGACCAUCAGCAUUGUUGAGUCCAACCCAAAGAAGUUCAACCUCGAUGCAGCCGAGCUGUCGAAGAGGAAAGCCUUCAUCACCAGCACCAGACAGACUGUUAAGGAAAUGAAAGAGCAAAUGUCGAGUCCAGCUGCAGCUUCAGUGGACAGAAAGAACAAACAG